CAUCUUGCAUUCACAAUGCCACAUUUAUUGGAUUCCUCUCUGCGUCCGCUUUCCCCUCUUUCUAAAUCAUCUCUCGCCCUCUCAUUUGAAUUUGAACACACCCUCGCUCCUCCCUCCCUCCCUCUCAAUCGGCUGCGACGAGUGGGAAUUUGUGAAGGGAUGGGCGGUUCAAGGAAGUGGAUGAAGUCCUUGAUAGUAGGACUCAAGAAACAAGAGGAAGUUAGCUCUGAAAAGGAUGGGAGGAAUCGAAAGAGCGGGGUGUGGAAGAAGCUAUGGAGGAGCUCCUCCUGGGACCACCUCCCUCUGCGCCAGGGCUCGAGGGGCCGCCGCCACCGGCCGACGGCGUCGUCCGAGGCUCCGGACGCUUCCUCCGACGCUAACGCCGCCGCCGUCCGCGUUCCGCCGAGGGACCUCCGGGUGGUCCGGCAGGAGUGGGCGGCCAUCCGCAUCCAGACCGCCUUCCGCGCGUUCCUGGCGCGGCGAGCGCGGCGGGCGCUGAGGGGGAUAGUGAGGCUUCAGGCCAUCGUGCGCGGCCGGCAGGUGAGGAAGCAGGCGGCGGUGACUCUGCGGUGCAUGCAGGCUCUGGUCCGAGUGCAGGCGCGCGUCCGGGCGCGCCGGGUGCGCAUGUCCUCCCAAGGCCAGGCCGUGCAGCGCAUGCUCGACGUCCGCAGGGCCAAGCUCGAUCCUCUCAAGGAAGCAGAGGGAGGAUGGUGUGACAGUCCGGGCACAUUAGAAGAAGUAAGAUCGAAGCUGCAGAUGAAGCAAAAAGGAGCUGCGAAGAGGGAACGGGCUAUUGCUUAUGCCUUUUCUCAACAGCAGCCAAAGCAAACGAGAACGGCUAAGCAUCAAUCCUUGGACAAGAGCAGCGGAAGCUGGAGUUGGCUUGAGAGGUGGAUGGCUGCAAAGCCCUGGGAGAACAGAUUGCUGGAUCGCAAGAUCCCGAACGAUCUCUCCGAAAUCGAAUUGAAAGAUGACUGCGUUUACGUUCCCAACUCAGUGAAGGUGAAGAAAAACAGUAUCAGCACGAGGAUUUCAGUUCGACCUCCUCCAUCGGCGGCCAACCACCCGAGCUGCAAAACUCGGUCUGCUUCCUCCCCGAGCACGGACAACUGCUACAACGGGAGCUCGUCGUCGCCGUCGUCGGUGUGCGUUUCGACGCCGAUCUCGAACAGCACUCUUUUAGCUUCGGACCGGCCGGGCUUCAUGGGCCUGACUGAGUCGACCAAGGCGAAGCGGAAGACGAGGCUGGGGGGAUACUCUGUGGACGAUCACUGCCAUAGGAAGACCUCGAGCAUGGACAUGAAGAAGAGCAGCGAGUGUUUGAAUACCUCGGCCUUUUCUUGCAGUCUGGAAAACUCACUUCCAUAGAAGCGUUGCAUUGUUUUGUAUCUUGGAUUCCUUCGAGUUUUCUUUUACAGUCCUUGGUGUGGCUCCGGUGCUUGUUGUUGUGAUGUGAUUAGUAGAAUUCUGAUUAAAUUUUCAACUGUGUUAGAGAUUGACGUGA